AUGGAGGCGACGGCGUUGUCAGCUGGAUUUCGUCCCCUUUUGAAGCCUGAAGGUUACAGAUUUCCGAGGUCAUGUUCUCAGAGAAAUUCUCUGUCUUUGGCUCGAUGCUCUUCGAAAGAGAUAUCUGGCGGAUUCAUCAAACCGAAACCUGAAGGGUCUAUUGCGAUCACGCACCGUGGAUUGAGUUUCAAGACGAAUGUUUUCGAGCAAGCCCAUCCUCUGGCUGGAGACGUCUCCUAUGAAGACGCGACGGCUAAAACAAGUUCUCAUGCCGCAGAAGAUAAGAUCGGUGUCCUGCUUCUGAACUUAGGUGGCCCUGAAACCCUUAACGACGUGCAACCCUUCCUGUACAAUCUGUUUGCAGACCCGGAUAUUAUACGGCUUCCCAGACCAUUUCAGUUUCUCCAAGGGACUAUAGCGAAAUUCAUAUCUGUGGUUCGCGCCCCGAAAUCGAAAGAAGGGUAUGCUGCUAUUGGUGGUGGCUCUCCUUUGCGUAAGAUAACCGAUGAGCAAGCAGAUGCCAUUCGGAUGGCCUUGCAAGCAAAGGACAUUGCUGCUAAUGUCUAUGUUGGAAUGCGUUAUUGGUUUCCAUUCACUGAGGAGGCUGUUCAGCAGAUCAAGAAGGACAAGAUUACAAGACUUGUUGUACUGCCAUUAUACCCUCAGUAUUCUAUCUCCACGACGGGCUCAAGCAUCCGCGUUCUCCAAGACUUAUUCAGGAAAGAUCCGUACCUGGCUGGAGUGCCAGUUGCUAUAAUACAGUCGUGGUACCAAAGGCGAGGCUAUGUCAAUUCCAUGGCCGACCUCAUUGAGAAGGAACUUCAAACUUUCUCUGAUCCUAAGGAGGCUAUGAUAUUCUUCAGUGCCCAUGGUGUCCCAGUCAGCUACGUAGAGAACUCCGGAGACCCGUACCAGAAACAGAUGGAAGAGUGUAUUGACUUGAUAAUGGAAGAGCUGAAAUUCCGAGGGGUUCAAAACGACCAUAUAUUGGCAUACCAGAGUCGUGUUGGGCCUGUUCAAUGGCUGAAGCCAUACACGGACGAGGUUCUUGUUGACCUUGGUAAGAAAGGUGUUAAGAGUUUACUAGCCGUUCCAGUCAGUUUUGUGAGUGAGCACAUUGAGACUCUUGAAGAGAUAGACAUGGAGUAUAGGGAAUUAGCUCUGGAGUCAGGGAUAGAGAACUGGGGACGUGUCCCUGCGCUAGGUCUCACCGCGUCCUUCAUCACCGACUUGGCUGAUGCAGUGAUUGAAUCUCUUCCUUCAGCGGAAGCAAUGUGGAAGCCAAGCGCGGUGGUCUCAGAAGACAGCGAGUCAUCGGACGCUUUCAGUUACAUUGUGAAGAUGUUCUUCGGUUCGGUUCUAGCCUUCGCUCUGCUUCUAUCCCCAAAGAUGAUCGAUGCAUUCCGGAACCAUCUUAUCUAG